AUGGCGCAGGCGCUCUGGGCAAACCCACAGGGCGGGCUUUGUGGCGCUGUGUCGGAGGACGGAGAGGCCAGGCGUGUGGGUCUAUGUGCUGUCGAGUGGGGGCCUGGAUGCUUACAGUUUGGAAAAUUAGACCUCGGAGCCUUAACUCCUACUCACAAGAAGUACAAAAAAUCUUUAGUUUUUCACUUUAUUUUUUUAUGUAUGGGAUUUUCACUAACCUUGGACCAGUUACUUGCCAGGAAGAACGUAAGUUUCAGCUCUCCAACAUCUUCAAAUAAAGAAGUGGUUAUGAACAAUGAUCACCAGAAUAAUGGAGGUAUGAAACCAGUGCAGGAUUUUACAACAAUACGAAUCACACAGGCUCUCAACUACAAUCUGAGCAGACAAGAUUUAGAAAAAGAACCUUGGAAUGCAUUCAGCCAUCAUAGCCCGGUUAAUGUCUCUGUGGAUGGAAUUCCCUGCAUUCUCUUUUGGGCCAAAAGAAUAACAAUUAAAUUUAAGAAUCAGACCUGGCUGGACCUUACAGAUGAAACCAUUGGCCAGAAGGCAACAGUGGACUCUGGCAACUCAAAUUGCAGUGAAGGAAGUGCCAUGUUGUCUCUGAAGUUUGGUGAUGCUGAAAAUCCCAGAGGUAUUGAUAUAAGAUUCACCCUUACCAGUUACAAGUUGUCCAUCCAGACCUGGUUUAGUUUGCACCGAGUCGAGGUUAUUUUCAAUAAUUCAAUUCCAGCAGCUUUUAAUGCAACUGGCAAAUUUGCUCCGUCAAGUUACUCCUACCACUGCCAGCGCGUCAGCAGCCUGCAGCAGUAUGAUGCCCUUUUGUUGCCCAGAGACACCAAUGAUAUGUCAAGCCUGUGGGAUGUCACUUUUGUUGAUUUCCAGAUCCAAGGCUUUCCAUUAAGGAGGGGACAGUUUGCCAAGGCCCGAAACUGCACCUCUUCCUUCUCACCAGCCAUUCCAAUCAGCCUGGCAAUGUCCCAGAUCCUGCUGCUGGUGCUGGCCUAUGCCCUGCACAUGCUCAUCUACCUGCGCUAUCUGGACUGGCACUAUGAUUUCAUUGCCUCUCUGGCUCACUUCUGCCAGUUGAAAGCUCGAGAUGCAUCAGAAGAGAAGGAGCUGCUGAGGAGCCAGGGAGUCAAAUGCUAUGAACUGAGAAGCCAACAGAUCUGCAAAAUUUAUGUUUAA